AUCGAAGUGUCUUCAGGCUGCUCAGUUUGUCAGUUCAAUUAAAACAAUUGCUAGUUUAAUCUCGUUUGUAUUAAGAAAAACCAGAGUAGUCUAUUAUGGAUCGAUCAAAUAUAAGAUUCUGCGUUUUUCUGAUCUGUUUUAGUUUGACUUUACUCAACUAUGCAAAAUGUUCUAACGAGGACAUCUUUGACAAAGUGGUGGCCCUCGUGUCGCCAGGUGAAGUGCACCUGACUGAGAAAAGUCUUCACUCGAUUCUGACGGAGUUGGAGAAACGUGUGCAAUGCAGCGAUGUGUCGUGUGGAAAGUGCCUCUCUGUGGACCACGUGCCUCAGCUGGUCACCAACUACUCCACCACUCAGGAGGUGCACGCGGACGACUUCCUCCGGCUGGCCGCAGGGUGCUGCCUGUACCUCAGCGACCCCCUGCGGGCCUGCAGGGCGGCGACGGCGGGCCGCUGGGGCGAGGAGACCGAGGAGUUCAUCCACCAGCUCGCCCACGGGGAGGACACCGGUCACGGGGGACACGAGGAUCACGGGGGACAUGAGGGUGGCGCCGUGGAGAGGCUGCUCCACAGCAUGGAGGAGCACUACCGCCCAGAGAGCAAUCAGCCCUGUGUCACCAUGUCAGACAUCCUGGAAGAGAGCAAUGCGUCCAUGAGUCAUGACCACCACAGCAAUCACAGUGACCACGAUGGUGAUCACCGCAGCGGUGAGCACCACGAACACAGUGAGCUGGACACCCUAUGUGGGGUGGUGCUGUACCAUGCGCUCAGAGGGGACUGCAUGACCACACAGGAGCUGCCAGAGGAGGCGUUUUUCCUGGACUUCAUCUUUGGAAAGUUUGGAUCUGAUAAUGUCACUUUACAAGACCUGGAGAGUUUGAUGAAGUCUCUAAACCUGGGGGAAAGGCAGCUGUCGAAAGACCAUGACCACGGCCACGACCACCAUGAUGCCGAGCUCCAUGAUCAGGCCGGCCACCGUGCCGCACAGGGCCAGGCGAGCCCCAGGCACAGCCAUGAGGAGGGGCAGGAGCGCAACAGCAGCUGGGAGCAGAGCUGCUACAGUGCAGGGGAGCUGAUGAGGAUCCACCACCUGAACGGCUCAAAUCUGACUCGGGAUCAGUUUGUCCGACUCAGCCCGGCGCUGGUCCAGCAGCUUGUCAGUGGCGCCUGCAAUGCCACGGAGCCCACCGUCAUCCACCCUGGAGACGGCCUCAGCCGGACCGAGAAAUACGUGUACGCCACCGUGGCCAACCUGCUGAUCUGCCUGACGGCGCUGUUUGGGAUCGUGGUGCUGCUGUGUACCUCCUGCAGCAGCAUCUUCCAGCUCUGCAUCCAGUUCUGCAUCAGCCUCGCUGUGGGCUCGCUCACCGGCGACGCCCUGCUGCACCUCCUGCCCAUGUUUCUUGGCCUACAUGCCCAUGGCACGGGGGAGAACGGAGGAGGACAUGACUUGACGUACAUUUAUAAGAUGUUGGUGCUGCUGGCGGGGAUCUACUACUUCUACCUGAUGGAGGCCAUCUUCGCCAUCCUCUCCCGUAGAAACAAGCAUCACCAUCACCCGCACCACCACGGGGAGGACUCAGAGCCUCAUCACUGUGAUCAUGGAAGAGUGAUUCAGAUGUAUCAGCAGGAGAAGAAACACAGACACUCCACCUCUCAGGCAGACCUGGUGGAGGAGGAGGACAAUGAGAAAUCAUUCCCUCAGGAGCUGCCUCGCACCCAAGAACAGAAAAUGCUCCCCUACAUGAUCACCAUCGGUGACGGGAUACACAACUUUGCGGACGGCCUGGCCAUCGGUGCAGCCUUCUCCAUAUCCUGGAAGUCAGGCCUGGCCACGUCCCUGGCUGUCCUCUGUCACGAACUGCCCCAUGAGUUGGGUGACUUUGCCAUUCUUCUGCACUGCGGCUUGUCUGUGAAGAAGGCCCUGCUGCUCAACAUGGGCAGUGCCAUGACCUCCUUCAUUGGACUCUACAUCUCGCUGUCCAUCGCUACGGACGCAGCAACAAAAGAGUGGAUAGCGGCAGUAACGGCCGGCUUAUUCCUUUAUGUGGGCCUAGCAGACAUGCUUCCUUCAAUGGUGCACGUGAACAGCUCAAGGCCCUGGUUCAUGUUUGUUCUACAGAAUUUAGGCCUGUUGACCGGGUGGGGCAUCCUUUUGGUCCUCUCCCUUUAUGAGGACCAGAUUGGAGUCUUCUAGAGACUGGAUGUUUUUUUUCUUGUUUGUUUGUUUGUCUAUAUGCUAUUUGUAGUUGUUUUAAGAAUGUAUAUAUUUUCUCAACUGAAAUUAUACAUUUAAAUGGAGAUCUUUUGUUAUGUUAGAUACAUAGGGGAUUUUUGGUGCACUGGGUGCCUCAGUUCAGCGUUGGAGAAGUGCUGAAACUCAAACUGUCAGAAGAGUGGAAAGCCCAGAAUUAAGCAAUGGCUAUAGCGAGCCUUAAGUUAAAGAGUAGUUUUUUGGUUAUCUUGAGUAAAUGUGUGUCAAAAUGAAUGGAAGCAUUAUUAUUAUGUUUGACUUUGCACAACCAGUAUAUUGACCCAUGUAGCAGUUAACUAUGAACUUCAUGUAGCCCUGCUAGCCCGCUAGAUGGUUUCGGAUUGAAAAGCAUGGUAAAGCUUUCACUUAAACAUUAGCAGGUCUCACAAGAAGUCGACUGUAUAUUUCCAGGCACUACAGAGUUUGCGUAGAGGAACAGCAACAGAGUGAGAACAAAUGCACUCUAUUCAAGCUUGCAGAGUUACUCACACUCACACAGUUUCUCAGGGUUACUCAUACUCACACACCUUCUGAGUAGGUGUGUGUGGCUCAGUGAAACCAGCUUUGCAAACUUUCAGAUAUCCUAUUUUUCACAACACAUAACCAGAUCAAGCCAUCUGUGCAAUUAUUAUUUUCUUUUUGUAUUUAUUUAAUUUAGUGAUGAAAUAUAAUGAGUUUGUACAUGUAAAAA